AAAAGGGUGCAUUUUAAAAGCAAAGAAGGUGAAGAAGUUUAUUUUGAUGAAAAUGGUGACCCUCCUGCAAAAUAUGAAAUAAUAAACUGGCAAGUAAAUGCAGAAUAUCAACAUGAAUUUGUGACUGUUGGACUUUAUGACUCCUCUAUCUCCUUGAGUGAGCAUCUAAUGAUAAAUAUGACAUGUAUUGUGUGGGCACAGAAUGACACUCAGGUGAGUAAAAAGGUGCCAAAAUCUGUCUGCAGUGAGAGUUGUCCUCCUGGCACAAGGAAGGCUGUACAGAAAGGAAAGCCUAUCUGUUGCUUUGACUGCCUACCAUGUGCUGAAGGAGAGAUCAGUAACAUGACAGAUUCCAUUACCUGUGAACAAUGUCAGCAAGAUUACUGGUCAAAUCCUCAGAGAGAUGAAUGUGUAAGGAAAGAAAUUGAAUAUCUUUCUUAUGAGGAAACUAUGGGGAUUUUGCUAACAGCUGCUUCAAUUAUUGGUUCAUUGAUGACAAUGUUAAUAACAAUAGUAUUAUUUAAAUAUAGAAAUACCCCAAUAGUGAAAGCCAACAACUCUGAACUGAGCUUCCUGCUUCUCUUCUCGCUAGCUCUGUGUUUUCUUUGUUCACUUACAUUCAUUGGUCAGCCUUCUGAUUGGUCCUGUAUGCUACGUCACACAGCGUUUGGGAUCACAUUUGUCCUCUGCAUCUCUUGUGUCCUGGGAAAAACUGUAGUGGUGUUAAUGGCCUUCAGGGCUACACUUCCAGGUAGUAAUGUCAUGAAAUGGUUUGGGCCGCCACAGCAGAGACUCAGUGUUCUUGUAUUCACUCUCAUACAGGUGCUUAUUUGUUUACUUUGGUUGACAAUAUCCCCUCCUUUCCCCUUCAAGAAUCUAAAGCGCUCCAAGGAAAAGAUCAUUCUAGAAUGCCAUUUGGGGUCAGCUAUAGGUUUUUGGGCUGUGUUGGGUUAUAUAGGACUUUUAGCAUUGUUAUGUUUUAUUUUGGCUUUUCUGGCUCGGAAGUUGCCUGAUAAUUUUAAUGAAGCUAAAUUCAUCACAUUCAGUAUGCUCAUAUUCUGUGCAGUUUGGAUCACCUUUAUUCCAGCUUAUGUCAGCUCUCCUGGAAAAUUCACUGUAGCUGUGGAAAUAUUUGCCAUUUUAGCAUCAAGCUUUGGUUUGCUAUUUUGCAUUUUUUUCCCAAAGUGUUACAUAAUUAUAUUAAAACCAGAAAAAAAUAAUAAGAAACAACUGAUGGGUAAAAUCCCAGAUAGUUGA